GCUCGCGACCAUAAUCCUCAUCGACACCUCCACCUCACAUUCAGAAGAGCGACGGCAGCGCGACAAGACACGAAGAGACACGCCGCUUCCAAGUAGUGCGAGAUUUAACUCCUCUGCGUCCGUUCAAUCCGCCCGAACCUUAAUCCGGGCCCAAUCUCAUAACAACAACCGAAGCCGUCGCACUUCUUACUCCUCCUCCCUUGCCUGGAAUCCUCGUCCUCUACCCAUAUCAUACCGCAUCCUUCGUCGACCAAUAUCAUCAUCCUCCUCCUCCUCCUCUCCUAAUCAAUCAUCACCACCACCCUUACCACACAAUGGGUGGUUUCGCAUCUCGCGCCGGGCUUUCGCUCGCGGCGGUCAUCUUGGUAGCAGGCGCGAUUGUGAUGCAAAUCCUCAUCAUCCUCUCUGGUCUGAACGGCUCGCCUGUCAACAAGAUCUACUUCCUCCAGGCCGACACCUCCUCCAUCCAGAGCGAUUCCCGCAACUACAACAACCCUGCUCGCUGGACCUACCUCGCCAUCUGCGGUGUCGUAGACGGCAAGAACGGCAACUGUGGUCCCAAGGGCGCUGCCAUUCCGUUCGACCCGGAGCGCAACUUUGGCACUAGCAAUGGUGUUUCCGAGAACCUCCUCACCGAUGACAACUACUACUACCUCUCCCGCACCGCCUGGGCCUUCUACCUCGUCGCUCUCUUCUUCGCCGCUUGCGCUCUCCUCGUCAGCCUUGCCGCCAUCAUCGCUCGUCUAGGCGCAUACUUCACCGGCCUGUUCGCGUUCCUCGCCUGCUUCUUCCAGGCUCUGUGCUCCGCUCUCAUGACCGCAUGGACCGUCAAGGGCCGCGACGCUUUCCGCGCCGGUGGUGCUGAUGCCAAGCUCGGUGUCUACGCAUACGGUUUCUCCUGGGGUGCAUUCGCCGCUCUCUUCCUCGCGACGAUUCUCUUCUGCCUUGGUGGCCGCAUGGGCAAGGAUGACAGCAGCAAGAAGUCGGGUGGAUACUUUGGUCGCAAGCGCAGCACCCGUAGCCGUGGCAGCUUUGUCGACAGCGCAAGCGAAAGGAGGGUCGGAGGCGUCAAGGACGAGUACGAGUAAACCAUUCGUAUAAAUCCGCGCUCUCCCAGGACCACCGAGACGAGCGAUUCAUCAUCGGAUGUGUUGCCGAAUCUCGAACGAUGAACGAACCGUCGCACAACAGACGAUCGGAAGGACCUCAGAACUACCACGACGAAUACCCACCACCUCUCCCCCAUCCAUCGAUCCAGCUCAACCUUAGUGGAUCUUUGAAGCCUCUCAGAGUACCAUCUAUUCCGCAAUGAAACGACUCAGGAAACAGAACAAGAGGAUAUCCGUGCGCGUUUUGCGUGUAUGUAUGUAUGUUGAGAAUGUGUGUGUUUA